UGGAAGGUCCUGAAGCCAGCUCUCAGCUGGGAAAGCUGGGAGGUUGAACUUGAGCCGGUUUGGGAGACUGGGCAAGUGGGCGACAAGUUGCUCCUGACUGGGAAGGUUGCUCUGUGCGUCAGGAUUGGGCUACAGGUCAGAGGAUCAUGCAGAGAGAGCGGAGGACAGAGCCGAGCUCCAGGCUGCUCCCCAGGACCUGAGCUGGGACCCAGAGCUGCCAGAGCCCAGCUGAUCACUGCCACAGAUGGACACUAGCCUGGCCGGGCCCCCCAGUCCACAGCCCUCCAGGGCCAAUGGGAACAUCCAACUGGGACCUUCAGCCAACCCAAACGCCAGGCCCACAGACUUCGACUUCCUCAAAGUCAUCGGCAAGGGGAACUAUGGGAAGGUCCUCCUAGCCAAGCACAAGACUGACGGGGUGUUCUAUGCAGUGAAGGUGCUGCAGAAAAAAUCCAUCCUAAAGAGGAAAGAGAGCCACAUCAUGGCAGAGCGCAAUGUGCUACUGAAGAAUGUGAGGCACCCCUUCUUGGUAGGCCUGCGCUACUCCUUCCAGACUCCCGAGAAGCUCUACUUCGUGCUCGACUAUGUCAAUGGGGGAGAGCUCUUCUUCCAUCUGCAGAGAGAGCGCCGGUUCCUGGAGCCCCGGGCCCGCUUCUACGCUGCAGAGGUGGCCAGCGCCAUUGGCUACCUGCACUCCCUCAACAUCAUUUACAGGGACCUGAAACCAGAGAACAUUCUCUUGGACUGCCAGGGACACAUUGUACUGACAGAUUUCGGCCUCUGCAAGGAAGGUGUCGAGCCCAAGGAGACCACGUCCACCUUCUGUGGCACCCCCGAGUACUUGGCUCCCGAAGUGCUUCGGAAAGAGCCUUAUGACCGUGCAGUGGACUGGUGGUGCUUGGGGGCAGUCCUCUACGAGAUGCUACAGGGCCUGCCACCCUUCUACAGUCAAGAUGUGGCCCAGAUGUAUGAUAACAUUCUACACCAGCCACUGCAGAUCCCUGGGGGCCGGACGGUGGCUGCCUGCGACCUCCUGCAGGGUCUUCUCCAUAAGGACCAGAAGCAGCGGCUGGGCUCCAAAGCAGACUUCCUUGAGAUAAAGAAUCAUGUAUUCUUCAGCCCCAUAAACUGGGAUGACUUGUACCACAAGAGGCUGAUUCCACCCUUCAAUCCAAAUGUGGAAGGACCUGCUGACCUGAAACACUUUGACCCAGAGUUCACCCAGGAAGCUGUGUCCAAGUCCAUUGGCUGCACCCCUGACACUGUGGCCAGCAGCUCUGGGGCCUCAAGCGCAUUUCUGGGAUUUUCUUAUGCGCAGGAGGAUAAUGACCUCUUGGAUUGCUAGAAGAGAAGCACCUGUGAAACCACUGAGACCAGCUUGGUAUUAGUAAGGACUUACUGUCAGCAAAAUAAUAAUGACCUGAAUGAGAAACAAGUUAAUUUUUUUCCAUCACAUAAAAGAAUAGUGUCAGGUGGUCCAAGGCUGGUAUGCCAUGUCAUCAGACACUCAAAGGCAAGGGCUUCCAAUGUUAGGGUUGCUGCAUUAUCACAAGAUGGUUAUUGGAGCUUUUAUGUUCUGAGCAAGGAAAAAAGAUGAAGGGGGAAGAGCAACAUGACUGUUAAAAGCUUUCCCAGAAACCUCACUGAUGACUCUGCUUACAUCUGACUAACUACCCACGCUUGCCUAGAUUGGAGGCUGCACUGUCUGGCUCAUUAGCUGGACACAUGAUUACCCCCCCAAAAAGGGGUUUUGACAGUAAGGGAGAAAGGGAGAAUGUUGGCUAGGCAACCAGCACUCUUUACCAGAAGGCCUCAUAGUGUUCAUAUUUUGAUCUCAAUGUGCAGAAUGACAGAGAUGUAACACGCUUAUAGGGUAUUAGCCAACAUCUCUUAUUUUUCCAUAUCAAUGGUGUCUUUGUUGUUUUGGGUUGGCUGCCUACUAACUGAACCCCUUCCUAUAUUUAGGGAGUCCCCUACAUUAUAAGCCUUCCAGAAGUGCAAGAACUACCUCCAUUUAGAGUAGCUGAAAAUGCCAGACACUGACUUUCCCAGCUUCCCCUGAACUAGGGCCAGGCACAGUCCCAGGGAUGCACCUACGCCAGUCCUUGACUCAAGAAAGGGACUAGGAGCUCUCUUUCAUGUGUUGAUCGUGGAACAUACCCACAAAACCGAGUUUCUGGUGUAGAAGUAGCAACAACGCAAAUUGUAGCAAUUAGUACAGCAUCAGCAACAGCAGCAGUUUUCUCAUCAGACCAGCACUGCAGUGUCUUUCUGGAAGUCUCAAGACUCACUCUCCAGCUUUCCUAAUGAUGUUCAGAGCUUUAGAUACUUUUUCUUUGAGACGGAGUCUCACUAUGUUGCUUUUCAUAGAGUGCAGUGGUGUCACAGCUCACAGCAACCUCAAACUCUUGGGCUUAAGCGAUUCCCUUGCCUCAGCCUCCCAAGUAGCUGGGACUACAGGCACCUACCACAACACCCAGCUAUUUUUUGUUGUUGUUGUUGUUGUUGUUGUAGUUGUCGUUCUUUGGCAGGCCCAGGCUGGGUUUGAACCCGCCAGCUCCUGUGUAUAUAUGGCUGGUGCCUUAGCCGCAGAGCUACAGGCACCAAGCCAGCUUUAGAUCCUUUUAACACACUCCUUUAUUGCUUCAUUGGCCAAAGUCAGCUUUAGAUCACCUGCCAUGCUUGGCCAGUUUUUGUGCUAAACUCUUUAAUGUCCGUUAACACUUUUCUUUCUUUUUUCAGUUUUUGGCCGGGGCUGGGCUUGAACCCACUACCUCUGGCAUAUGGGGUCAGCGCUCAACCCUUUGAGCCACAGGCGCUGCCCCCCGUUAACACUUUUCAUUCAAACAACCUUAAGGUACGAAUUAUUACUAUCCCCUUUUAACCAAUGAAGAAACAGGAUCAGAGAAGUUGUUCCUUGCUUGAAGGAUGCAUAGCUAACAAGGGCCAGCACUGGAACUUGGUGCCAUAUUUAGCUCUCAGGUUGAAUUUUUAUUUAUUUUUUUUUUUGAGACAGAGUCUCACUUUGUCACUGUGGGUAAAGUGAUGUGGUGUCACAGCUCACAGCAACCUCAAAACUGGUGGGCUCAAACGACCCUCUUGCCUCAGCGUCCCAAGCAGCUGGGACUACAAGAGAUCACCACAACGCCCAGCUAUUUUUGGUAGAGAUGGGGAUCUCACUCUUGUUUAGGCUGGUCUAGAACUCCUGAGCCCAAGCAAUCUAUCUGCCUUGGCCUCCCAGAGUGCUAGGAUUACAUCUGUGAGCCACUAAGCCUGGCCCCCACAUUGAACUUUCAUGCUGUUCUGCCCCUAACUCUGGGUGUUAGGUCCAAGCAAAAUGACUGUCAAAAUCUCUAAUGACAACCGAGACAAGAAAUGGUUGGACCAAGUGAGGUGCUGAGAAAUGGGGUCUCAAAGGAGAUCUAUUCAGCUGGAUGCUGUGCGUGGUCUGAGCCUGGCUGCCAAAUGCAUGUUGUGUAGCAUUCCCCCUCACAUUGGAUGCUCAGGCCUUGGGCAGAGAAGGAGGCUGCUGUAGACUUGGCCACCAGAGCUUCCUGCCCACCCAUGGAGCUCCAUAUGUUCAAGAUUAGUCAUUUCUAUUUUUUUUUUUUUUUCAGUUUUGACCAGAGCUGGGCUUGAUCCCACCACCCCUGUAUAUGGGGCCGGUGCACUACUCCUUGAGCCACAGGCACCGCCAUUUUUUUGUUUUUUUGAGACAGAGUCUCACUGUGUCACCCUCGGUAGAGUGCUGUGGCCUCACAGCUGACAACAACCUCAAAUUCUUGGGCUUAAGUGAUUUUUGUGCCUCAGCCUCCCAAGUAGCUGGGACUACAGGCGCCCGUCACAACGCCCGGCUAUUUUUGGUUGCAUUUGUCAUUGUUGAGCAGGCCUGAGCUGGGCUUGAACCCACCACCCUCGAUGUAUGUGGCCCCUGCCCUUACUCACUGAGCUACGGGUGCUGAGCCAGAUUAGUCAUUUCUAAAGGUAAUUCUGAUUGGACAGAACAUGAGCAUAUAACACUUCAUGAAUUCAGGACACCCUACACUUGUGGAAUGGAUCAUGUUUCCUUUGGUGUUUUUUUCACAAACCUGUAGUUCCUACUUGAGGGUGGCCUUAUUAGCUUUUUGGUUUGGGGACAAUUUAUCGCCCUCGGUAGAGUGCCGUGGCAUCACACAGCUCACAGCAACCUCCAACUCCUGGGCUUAAGCGAUUUUCUUGCCUCCCCAGUAGCUGGGACUACAGGUGCCCGCCACAAUGCCCAGCUAUUUUUUUGUUGCAGUAUGGCCAGGGCUGGGUUUGAACCCACCACCCCGGGUAUAUGGGGCCAGCACCCUACCCACUGAGCCACAGGCGCUGCCCAAUGAGGAACUUUCUUAGGAUCAGUGUAUAAAGGUGAAUUUAUUGCCCUUCCUCUUAACUCAGUCUCACUCUUUCCCUUCCAUUUUUGUCCACCUAGUCCCCUGCCCCAGCAAUUAUAGGAGAAAAAUCCAAACAACCAGGGGAAAACACCAAUGACACUGCCUGUUGGAGAUCAAAGCUGAGUCAGGAUGAACUACUGUUCAAUUUUUACAUGUGCUGAGAACUCUCAAAGAAACUAUCUGGUUUCUAUCUUAAUAGCUCUUGUUAAUUGACAAAUGUGGAAUAAGAUGAGGGAGAGGUCAAAAUCCCCCCUAACUUCCCAAAACAAAACCUGGAAGAGUUUAAUCAUUGGACACAAGAUAGUACUGUCAAAAAUACAAAAUCAGCUAUGAGUUGUAAAAUUUGUAAUGGUUCUACCUGUUCUAAGAUUGUAAAAUCAUAAACAUGUUCACUAGGAUAAAAAAUAAAAAUGGAAAACUAGGCUAGUGAAUUGAUCAGGCUACACCUACGUUCGUUGAGAUUGAGCACAUUCCAAGUUUUAUAUGCAUAAUCUACAAUCCUCAUUAUAAACCAGCAGUUAGAAAUUAUUAACUUCACUUUGCAGAUAGGAAACAUUUGCUCAGAGAGAUUAAACAAUUUGCCCAAGGUCACCCACUUGGUAAGGAAUUCAGCACAGUCAAGAGCUGAACUUGACACAGCAGAACUUGGUAGAGGUGAAUGUAGUGGCAGCGGAUUCUAAAACUACUGCUCUUCCUGCAACCUCUAACAGACGUGUUCUGGGCAGAUGCUUUAGCACAACAGGCAGAAAGUUCCCAAGACUUGUCCCAACCCUCAAGUGGAACAGCUUUCUCUUCAGUGGGAAUGUAUCACUUCCAUUUUUACCCUAAAAGAGACUGUAUUCACCCAAUUUGGCACCAAAAUACAGCAUCCCCCCCACAAAGAGAAUUCUCAAUCACCUUCUUCUCCACUUUUUAAAUUUGCAGGGACAGUAUUGUGAAAAAGUAAUACCAAUUGUGUGUGUACUUUAUUUUUUUGAGACAGUGUCUCACUUUGUCACCCCCAGUAGAGUGAUGUGGCAUCAUAACUCACAGCAAUCUUAGACUCUUGGGCUCAAGCGAUCCUCUUGCCUCAGCCUCCCAUGUAGCUGGGCCUACAGGCGCCAGCCUCAAGGCCUGGCUAUUUUUAGAGAUGGGUUCUUGCUCUAGCUCAGGCUGAUCUCCAACACGUGAGCACAAGCGAUCCCGCCUCCCAGAGUGCUAGGAUUACAGGCAUGAGCCACCGCGCCCGGCUGUGUGUGUACUUCAAUAUUCCAAACUCCUACUACUCUGUCCUCUUUAAAGACAAGUAUAAAUGUAAAUCGAAACUGUCAUAAGUCUCUGCAUUCAUUGGUUUGAGUCUUCCAGGCUCCUGCGGCGUUGUACACAAAUCCACAGACCUCCAAGAAGGCACCGAGCGCUCCCCUGAGGAGCAAGUGCCCUGUGUGGCAUCGCAGGCGUCCGAUUUUCCAUUUUCAAGACGAUGGCUUUUUUGCACAAGCAGUUGCUUCCGCCAGCAAUGCCCUAUCCGAGCCCCUGCUUUAAUGAAUACUUGAUCUCUGCUCAACGAAGGCUCCUUUUUGAUCAGCUCGGGCCCCUCACAAUUCCCUGAUACAGUUUAUGUUU